AUGGCAGUUCCUGGAGGGACAAAGGAAACGCUCGCUGACAUUCCGCAUCAUGUGUGGAAGGGCUUGCCCGAUAGCAUGAGACUAAGCUGCUCUGCUGUUGAUCAAAGUCGCAUUGGUGAGUUGAAAAUGAGCUGCUUUGGGUUUGUUCUAACAUCACAUCACUUUUCAGUUUUGUAGAUAAGUGAUUACAUUUACAUUUGUCAUUUAGCAGACACUCUUAUCCAGAGCGACUUACAGUUAGUGAGUGCAUACAUCUUCAUACUGGCCCCCCGUUGGAAACGAACCCACAACCCUGGCAUUGCAAGCGCCAUGCUCUACCAACUGAGCUACAUGGGACUAAAGUGAUCAAUGAUCAUUUGUUGGUGGUAAAAUUCCGCUAGCAGUGCAUCUUAUUAUAUGCAGUGAGUGGCUCUGUGGUUUCUGACUGUGGUGUUCGCUGGUGUGGUAUGACAAGUGUAGCUCCUGAUACUUAGGAUCAUAUAGUAACGACCAGUGAUAACAAGGGAGAGGAAGAACUAGAUCUGGCAGUGGUAGCAGAGUGUAUUAUGAAGGCUUUCAACUCAAGAAAAAGAAGCAUCUCCAGCCUGUUCUGGCAUGCCUCAGAGAAUCGGCACACCUUAACACAUUUUUAGAGGCUGAAAGCUUCUCUAUAGUGCAUGGUUAAUUGUGAAUUUUGAAGUGCAUGUUCAAUUCUGUACAACUUUUAAAAAAUCUGCAUUUGUAAGAUGAAUCUGAUUUUUGAUCGCUAUCCACCAAUUGCAGGGAGUUGCCUAGGCAACAUUUAGUAGGCAGUGAGGGUUUGGUUUGAGAUUGCUGACGGAUUUUCCUCCACUCUUUUCCCCAGGUGUCUGGGCCUCGAGGCUCAUCCCUAAAGGCAAGAGGUUCGGCCCAUUUGUAGGAGAGAAGAAAAAGAGGUCCCAAGUGUCCAGCAAUGUUUACAUGUGGGAGGUGAGCAGCAGAGGAUAGAGUGAUAGCCUCAAAGAUCUACAGUAUCUUCACAGACAUCUAGGUUGUACACAUUGCAGGCACAGCACACCCUCUGUAUUAUAUAUGCUGUUAUCCAUUUUCAUAACAUUUUAAAGAUUAUCAUCCAGAUAACCAAUCUGUCCUCUGUAGGUGUAUUUUCCAGCCAGGGGCUGGAUGUGUGUGGAUGCUACAGACCCCAUGAAGGGGAACUGGCUACGGUAUGUAAACUGGGCACGCUCCACUCAAGAACAGAACCUUUUCCCAAUGGAGAUCAACCGAGCCAUUUACUACAAAGUGUUACAGGUAAUUCAGACAUGAAGUCUCACUGGUAAAAUGUUAUUCUCUAAACAUUUGAGUACUAAAGCAGAGUGAUGGUUUGCCAUUUAGGCAUGUGAAUGCAGGAGUACUGGCUAUUUAGCGUUCAAUCUUUUCGGUGUAACAGUUGGGAUAAUGGGACAAUUUGGAGUCCAACGCAUUUCUCAUCCCUGGAUUGAGGUAUAUUUUUCAAGCCAUAUCUCACGCCUGCUCCGCCGUGUCUUAAUCUUCACAGGAAUGCUGUCCGACCCUAGUGCAGAUGUAAGCAAGCGGGUCGGAUCUUCUGGCUAGUUUGGGGGUUAUUCUCAUUGAAGCCAAAUGAGAGAAUUACAACCAAUUUGCUAUGUUUACAAUUGUGGUAAACCCUUUUUAUAAUUCAUGCACAUUUCAAAUGUGUAUUAUGUGGUCUCUGGUAUACUUGGGUAAUAAACGAUUUAUAAAAGGAAUUACAUUUAAAAUGUUAAAAUACAUAGUUAGUUUGCCAUCUUCUACAGCUACCGAAAUGUCAAGACCUAACAUUCCUGUUGACUCUUGACUUGACAGGCACAACAAGAGCCCAAGUCUUUCAUCCUGUCUCUCAGCAAACCGGUCUCUGAUUUGUUCCCCCUCUCCUCUUUCCUUAUAAUAGCCAAUCGGGCCCGGGGAAGAGUUGCUGGUGUGGUACAAUUGGGAAGACAACCCUGAGAUAACAGCUGCAUUAGAGGAAGAAAGAGCCAGCAGUCUGAGCAAGAAAAAUUCACCCAGGGCAAAGCGAGGUAAGGCGUACAACCCUAAAAUUCAAAUGUAUAUCUUACAUUUUGCAGGACAUAUUUACCAAACUCUUCGAUACGAUAGCUGGCAGUGGGUGGCAGAAGUCGAAGGAAAUGGUAUUUACGCCCAUUCGAAGUUGAAUUAUUGAUAGCAUGCUAGCUAGCUAGCUUAGAUAACAGUACAGCGAGGUGUAACUAACUAGAUGCAGUCAUUUUCCCUUCCAAACAUUCUAUCUCAAAAAGGUAGUUUUAUGUUACUGUUAAUUUUUAUAAAGGAGGGUGAUUGCAGCUAAAUUGGUAGCUAUUAUGUAACAACACAGACAGCACGCCACUGUCAACAUUGGCUUGUCGGAUAAAUAAGUUAGCUAGCUAACGUUAACUCGGUGACUGGCUCGUCGUGACGUUUUCCAGGAUGUGACCUUUCCAGACUUGCAAUUUAUUUGCGAGCCACGUUAUUUGAUCCGUUGAUUACAUUUGCUACUUACCUAUAUUUACGAGAUAUCCAAUUAGCUAGUUCUGUUACAGGACUUGCAGGUUUGGGAUUUCAUAGUCUGAUCGGGUUGUUUCACUGCUGUCAAUUCAGCUCAGGUAGCUAGCUAGCUUACGAGCUAACAGGCUAGGUCAAGCACGGACGUGCCAGACAACCCGUUCAGGGAAGAUGGCAAGCGCUGGCUUUUGUGUUCAGCAAAUAACUGAUCAAAACAGGUGCCGUUGUGAUAAAGGGAGGGUAGGUUACUCGAGGUAUCGAUGUAUGUGUCAUACAUGUGUUGUAAACCCUUAGCUACAUCUAGUUAGCUACCCACAGCUACCAACUACCUGGAUACGUUUAUCAAUUUUGUCUGGAAUAUGCCUGCCCUGAAAAGAAACACCCUUUUUUCCCCCGAAGUAACAAACACGAUUUAGCUGAACGGUAUAGGUUUCUUAUAUAUUUGAUAUUUUGUUCAUGUUUCCCAGGUAAGUGUGUGCUCCAUUUUAAUUUGGCCUAGGGACGGUAGCUACUAGCUAGCUAGUCAGCCAAAGUCAAUGCAAAGUUGAGGUAAUGUUGUGCUGCAGACUAGGCCCUGGAUGCAUGCAGUUGCACAAGCUCUGUAGUCCCACCCUUCCUUUCUCAACAAUACAAAAUCUUCAGAACGAGUUGCAUUUUGCAUAAUUAUUUUUUGAAUUAGCUGCUAGAAUGAAAUCAAUAGAAUUUGAAUUAUUUCUCCAUGAAAUUGACCAAGUGUUUUUCUUUCAAUAUGAAUGAACAUUUAACGAUGUUGGUUAAAAACUGUAUGUCUAUAUGAUUUAAGUUUGUGGUGUAGGCCUAUAUAUGCAACCCCGGUCUGUUUUGAAUUUGCACUGAUUUAUUGACUUAAUAGUCACGUUCACGCCAAUGCCCAGGGCUAAGAGAGUUUUUAGCCUGGGGCAAGGCUGAAACCACACAGCGAGACUACGCCAAUUUGCGUGCGAGAGUUGAGCGUAAAUUCACGUAGUUUAUGCCAACUUAAUUGUCAUGAGAAUCCAUAAAACGGUUAUAUUUAUGUUUGCUAUGUAGCCCUUGUGAAUUAUUGUGUUCAUUUUGACUCAAUUUAUAUGUUAUACGGGAGCCACCGUACCUGCCUCCUGUUAUGUUGGCUCACGAAUAUGAGGAGAGUUGUAGCUAAUACACCCUCGCAGUUAAAGAAUUUAGCUAGUCUCGUUAUUUCUAUAUAACAAUAUUAUCUCUUGAACUGAGUUCGAGUUUCCCAGCCGUAGCCUGCCUAGGCUAUAUGCCUGUGCUUGAAAUCAACAACGGUAGGCAUAAAGUUAUUGCUUUUAAAUAUGUAUUAUUGGCACAGGCAGCUAAACUUCAACACUAAAUAUACACUUUCUAACUAUACAUGUCACAAUUCCAGACGUAACAACGCACAAACAGUAUUUUCUGGCAAUAUAUCUGCUCACUUUACCAGCAUUGCUUCACGUAGACGCAAAAAAAUAUAUACUUGCUUUCUAAUUUGAAGUGCAUGACGGCAUUGACGCUCGCGGACCGUCUGUUUUCUGCCAUUCAAUACCGUGCAUUCUAAUUCCAGCGUUUUCAUGCGCAUAAAAAAACACAUUUCGUUUGAUUUGGGCUUAAGCGGGUUUUCACACUUGCACAUUUGGAAGUGGGCUAGCUGGCCCUGCUCCGGAGCAGGGUUGGCACCGACUUUUCAGGGCUAGCCAAUCAGUGUUCCAUUGUCUCCUAAUUUGAAUAUUCUACUCCAGAAAAGUGACAGUUGGUUUCAGGCAACUCUGCUUGUGUGAACACAGGCUUAGCCAGGGACAAAGGAUAGCCCGGGGCUAAGAACAUUGCCGUGUGAGUACUCGGUGAGUUGUGUUAGAAGUCUCAACAUUCAGAAUUGUCUAAUGUUGAGAGAGCCUACUUGUCAUUUAUCUGCAAUCCCUCUUCGAUAAAAUCAUAUACAUAUCUGCAUCAAAUUUACAAUAAUAAGUGGGGACUAUCUAUACACAGAUUGAGCAGAAUGCCUUUGACCAUGUUGGUCAGGUGACUGAGCUGCAACAUGUGUUUUUGUGGCAUGAAUCAGGCUUUGUAGGCCAGGCCAGAUGACCUUGUUGUCAAAGCAACUCCAGUGAUGAUUGGGUGCUAGCCCAGCCUCUUGAGGCUGGCUGAGAUCAAAACUCAAAAUGGUCUCCUGCCUAGGCACAUAACCACUACAUUGAUCAGCCAUUCCAAAAAUAUCCAUAUCUCUUCACAUGGCAGUUUGUUCAUUAUGUAGCCUAGUGUUUAGUAUGACUUGUAAAAUUCUGCAUGAAGGCAUCAAGGCUGUGAAAAGUGAUUUUGGCCAGAAGUUGUAUUUGACUAAAUUGGAAGUUAGCCUGACUACUAAACCUGCAGCUGUUUAGAUGAAGAAAAAGAUAACAUUCGUAUGGUAAUAUCGAAAGACAAUUGAUGACAUAAGCACACGUGGUACUUGGCCUACAUUGUUUAAGAUCCUGUUCAGCAGUCAUACAGUAUAUCGCUUUGCUUUCUGUUAGACAAAUAUCAUAUUAUGAGUUUGUAAUUCCAUGUAGUUUAAGUGCCAACCAAUACACAGCACAGUUGUGGGUUGAGGUGUGAAAGUGAAUUAGUACACUUCCCCCACUAGAUGUUCACUCAUCUGAAAAUCUGUUUUCCUUUUACUUAUGUAGAAGUAGUCCAAUGUCAACAUUUUAAAGAAACUAAAUUCCACAUCUUACCAGUAUUGCUUUGGUGUGAAAUGGUUUAUUUGAGUUUGGCUAAUGUUUGUUGGUUGAUGUGUGUUUAGCCAGAAGAAAACUGUUGAAGAGAGCCAGACAGGCUAGUUUGGGUGGAUUCCGUGGGCCCAAGCAAACAGGCGGAACCAAACCUAUUGUCACAGAGAUGUGGGAUACAGAGGAAGGUAAGUUGCCCCAUUUAUAAUGGAUAUUUGGGAAGUCUGUUCGGGUGUAGCUAGUUAUGUUAUUAAUGUAUUUCAACAAUUUCGGCUAGGUUUUCCCAGAAUAUUUUGUUACUUUGAAAUUAAAUGUAACUUUUUAUACUCUGUUGCUCUGCUGUUUUAGGUCCAAAUGAGGAGGACGAGAGACCCUCCCAAUCUCCAGGGCCUUCACAUGUGACUCGGGAGAGUUCCCCCAUGGGGAGUAACGGCCUCUCUCAAGCCCAGUUCAUCUCAGCAGCAAUGAGAGAGGAAGAUGAGGAGGAGGGUGAUGAAGAGGAAGACCCAAGGGAUCUGCAGCCGUUGCUGACACCGCAGAGUGCUCAGUCUGCUACUGAAGCUGAGUUGGAGGAGAGGAGUGAGCAGCCUGAUCUGCCACUAAGCCAUAGCAGCCCAGGUGAGGUGGGGCCUGGGAACCUUCAGACUGCCUCAUCCCUACCAAGGCCUGAACCAGAGGCUGACCCAUACCUCGACCCUGACCUUGAAGGUGACGGAGAGGAGUCCCAUCCCUGCCAGCACUGCGAGCGCCAUUUCUCCACCAAACAGGGCCUGGAGCGCCACACACACAUCCAUGCCACUGCAAACCAGCAAACACACACAUUCAAAUGCCGCUACUGUGGCAAGUCCUUUGGCUCGCAGGUGGGACGGCGGCGGCACGAGCGUAGGCAUGAGAACGGGCCAAAGAACAAAGGUCAAAGGUCUGGCUCACUGGCUGGGACUGCUACUUUACUCAGUCCUCUGGGGCAGGCUGACUGUUCCAGCCCAGACUGUGGCACUGUCUCUGGCCACUAUGUUGUCAUGGGGUCCCCAGUCCCUGGAGGACUUAUGCAAACCCCUCAGGUUGUGAGGAAGGACCCUGCGGCUGAGAGUGACCGGCCCUUUAUCGUGGAUGAGAAUGGUGAGACAAAAGAGCUUCAUCCUUGCAAGUACUGUAAUAAGGCUUUUGGCACUCACACCAACAUGCGCAGACACCAGCGCAGAAUUCACGAGCGCCACUUGCUGCCCAAGGGUGUGCGCAGGAAAGGCAUGCUGCUGCAGGAGAGCCCAUCUCAACAGCAGCAGCAGCGUCUGCCUGAACAGUCUCCCAGUGCCAGCCCACCCCCUGUCUAUGUGCCCAGUGCAGACACUGAGGAUGAGGGGGACCGAGAGGAGUACAUGGUCGACAUAUCCAAUAACAUCUCAGAGAAUCUCAGCCUGUACAUCGACGGCAAGAUCCUGUCCACUAGUUCAGUCAGCGGCUGUGAAGUGAUCGAAGUGGACUCCAGUUCUGCAGCACUGUUUGGUCUCGAUGCAGUGGUCAUCAGCCCCAAUCAGAUCAGUCAGACUUUCAAAGUGGACACCAGGACCUGUGCUGUAAAGCAGGUCUCCAACCUCGGCCAGCCCAUGACGAAAAGGAGAACGUCGACACCCCCGCUCAUGCCCAGUCUUAAAAUGGAGUCUGAAACUGGGUCCUCCUCUGCCUCCUCUUCCUCCUCCACAUCUUCCUCAUCCGCCUUGUUGGUGGAAAGUCUCUUCCCUCAGUCCUCAGACUCAUUAGCAUUUCAAAAGGAGAAAACAAUCUAUCUGUCUCCUAAACUCAAACAGCUCCUCCAGACCCAGACAGACGGUCAGAAACCCACCAUCGCCCUUUUAGCAGACAGCCACAGAUUAGCUCCCCCUCUCUCCGUUGCGUCCCUGCCUGCAGCCUUAGGCAGGUUUAAGAGAAGAACGGCUUCCCCUCCCUCAUCUCCACAGCUCAGCCCUGCGCUGAAAGCAGACUGCUGUAAGAGCGAGGCGGGGGUCUCGUCGUACACCCUCAAGGUGCCAAAUCUGGAGAGCCUGGGCAUGUCCCCUGUCUGGAGUCUGUCCAGCAAGGAGGAGAGGGACACCGUGAGUCCCAGCGGGAAGGACGGGUGCAGCUGGUCUGCCUCUCGGAGCGGAGGGAACUCAUGUAAUCAGCAGCCCUUGGACCUUUCCAGCGGCAUCAGUAAAUUGAGUGACGGCUUCAACAAGAUGCCCGGGGAGGAAGUGCUGGAUUUAAGCAUGAGUCGGAAGAGUACAGCGGAGCCAGAGUCCAAGGGAAGUCCAGCUCCGACACAGCCCCCCACCAAGAAGAAGAAGCCCAACACCAGCAUGCUAGAGAAGGUGUUGAUGAACGAGUACGCUGGCUUAAACCCAGCAGGAGAGGAGGACUCUUGUGCCCUGGGAAGCCCAGAUUCUCAGUAUACUGCAGGCAGUGGUACAGGCACCGCUUCUCACAGUCCCUCUUCCAAUAUGCCCUUUGAAUCAGCCGAUCCCUCUCCCCCCUCUCUAACCCCCGUCACUAUGAAUCCCUCCUCCCCCUGCGUCUCCAGCCUGACCUCUCCAACGCCACCUCCCCCUGUCCUACCCUCCAUGCCCUCACCAGACUGCCCCACUUCUAGCUUUCUCCCUGUCCUCUCCCCUAAAAUGUCCCCCAGAUCCAUUGACCAUGGUGAGGACGAGCCAGUUUGCUUAUCGAACUCUACCACAGCAGAGACAAUGUUAGCUGCAGUAAGUUAUGGAGAUGAGAAACAUGUCACUAAGCCAAUAGACCCCACCCACAAUACAGAUCCCGUUAUUGGGGAAGCUAUAUCAACCCCCUCUACAGAGUCCCCCUCAUUAUCUGAUGCUGUCCCUGUGAGUCUGUCCUCAGCACAAUCUAAACCUGGUAGGAGUGAGAACCACAGUUCGGUAGAUGUCCAAAUUAACCAAGACCUGGAACCGAUUAUUACUGAGGGACAGGAGAAAUCCCAAUGCUCUGAACUCCCUGUUUUAUCAUCCGUAACAGAAUCCUCCCUCUCUGCCUCAUUGACCUCUCCUGUUGGCAUAUCAGAUAGCCCAGCUCCGUCAGUGGUCUCCCCAGCGUCACUCUCUAGCACUGUGAUUAAAGAGGAGCCCCAGCACAUGGAUCAGCUGGCUGACUUAGGCCUUCCUCCUGGUGGCACAGGGUCUUCACCUCAAUCUGCUGCUGCUGAAAAGCCCUCUGAGGAAGAGGAGGUGGAGGAGAGGGUGGAGGAGGAGGGAUUGGAGCCAGACCCCUUCAGUAAGAGCUUUGUGUGUAACGUGUGUGAGGAUCCCUUCCGCUCCAUCAAAGAGCUCAGUCGGCACAUCCUGGAGCAUGCUGCUGAGUGGCCCUACAGGUGUGAGUUCUGUGUGCAGCUGUUUGGGAACGCCCCGGCCUUGCUGGAGCACCGCACGGCCCUCCACGGCGUGGGACGCAUCUUUGUCUGCUCCGUCUGCUCCAAGGAGUUUGCCUUCCUCUGCAACCUCCAGCAGCACCACAAGGACCUGCAUCCCAGCCAGCCGUGCACACACACAGCGGUGGAGAGCGGCAAGCUGAGGCCACAGAACUACACAGACCCAGCCAGGGCCAAAGAGGAGAGUAACCCCUCCUCAACCACAGCACCUGAGUCCUCUGCUGAAGCUGCCUCCUUUCAGGGGGUCUCUGAUGUGAAGAAAGAUGAAAAGCCUGAUAUUAACGGGAAGCAUGAGGAAGCUGGACUAGAGGACCAGACUGAAGAGCUCUACACUACUAUAAAGAUCAUGGCCUCUGAGGGAGGCAAGCCUAAAGGCCCAGAUGUACGCCUGGGCAUUAAUCAACACUACCCCAGUUUCAAGCCACCCCCCUUCCCAUACCACAACCGCACGGCUGCAGACUCUAUGGCCUCGGCCACCAACUUCACUACCCACAACAUCCCACAGACAUUCAGCACUGCCAUCCGCUGCACCAAGUGUGGCAAGAGCUUUGAUAACAUGCCCGAGCUGCACAAGCACAUACUAGCCUGUGCCAACGCCAGUGAUAAGAGGCGGUACACUCCCAAGAAGAACCCCAUCCCUCUUAGACAGAUAGUGAAGCCCCAGAACGGAGCUCUGUCACCUGCAUCUGCUGCCAACACAGGGCAGAAUGCCUUCCGCAGAAUGGGCCAACCCAAGAGGCUCAACUUCAACCAAGAGCCACCUGGCAAAACCAAGAUGAGUUCCCUCAGUAAGAAGAAGAACCAGCUGGUCCAGAAGGCCAUCACUCAGAGGAAUAAGACUGCUGCUACUGCUAAGAAGGCCCCAAGCCAGGUUAAAGAGGAGGAGCCGCAGGAGCAGGUCCAUGUAUGCCCGCACUGCAGCCGGGAGUUCACUUACCCUGCCAGCCUCAGUAAACAUAUAGCAGUCAGCUGUCCCAUGAAACCUAUCUCUAAAAAGGCCAAAAAGGGAGCAGCAGCAGCAGAGGCAACACCAGCUGUAGACAAAAACAUGAGCCUUCGAAGGAGAACCACAGACUCUGAGAUCCAGCAGCCAGAGCUGGCUGAGCCGGUGCCCAAAACCCUGGGCAAAACACGCGCUCGCACCUCUGGACCCGGCUCUGCGGAGGCUGAGGCCCCACCACCGCCAGGUAAAGGAAAGACGGCUGCCACGCAGGUGCGUACCAAAAGGCCAGCCUCUUUCCCAGCUGCCACAGUUUCUCUCAGCAUGAAAAGGAAAAAAGGAAAAGUUCAAUCGUUACCCCCCACCCCGUUGCCCUCCGAGACUCCCAGUGACUCUGCACCACUGCAGGCAACCCAGACAAAGCAACGCAUGGGCAAGGAAAUGCCGCCCAAGAAGGUAGCGGAGGUGAAAGUGCCCCCACAGAAGCAGUCUCAGGUGCCGCCAAAGAAAGAAGGGGAACGGUUCUCUCUGAGAGCGAGGGAGCGAGCUGGUGGGCCGGUGACCCGGAGCCUACAGAUGGCCAACACUGCAGCUCCCGUGGAGGUGAAAACAGAGGACCUCUCCAGCCAGGGGCCUAAAGAGACCCAGGUAAUGUUACUUUCAAACAGGGUCCAGUCUCAGCCUAUGUUUAUGCCAAGUUGCUACUCAUUUUUAAAUAAUCCUUUACACAAUAUUCUGACUUACAAAAAUACUUUCCACACGACGUGGUACAAGAUGUUUAUAUUAAUCAGGUUCUCUGUUGCACUUCAAAUUAGAGAAGACAUAUCACUGUAGUUGAUACUUGUUGAUAUCUUUAUGUGUUGUCUUGUGUCUUCCAGGAGUCCUUGCUGAAAUGA